AUGUUCACCGAGGAAAUAAAAACACUUAAGAGACUCGGUUUCAGGCAUUGCUUGUUGCAGGCCUUAUCCUUUGCCAGUGUGAUAUGUACCGCACUCGCCGUUUACAAAGGAUUAGGCGUGGUGAUGAACACCGAGUCACCGAUCGUUGUAGUCUUAUCCGAAUCCAUGGAACCUGCCUUCGCGCGUGGCGAUAUCCUCUUCUUAUACCAUCCACCCGUGCAGCAGCCCAUCGAUAUUGGAGAAAUUACCGUCUACAAGCUACCAAACACUGACAUACCAAUCGUGCACAGAGUCAUCGAUCAUCAUUUGGAUGUGGGGCUUGAGACAGAGAAAAUUCUCACCAAAGGCGAUAAUAACCCCGGAGACGAUAUCGUGUUGUAUCGCGGACCCAAAUGGCUCAGAAGAGAUCAGAUUGUGGGCAAGGUUAUAGGUUAUAUUCCUUAUGCGGGCUAUAUCACGAUAUUGAUGAAUGACCAUCCUAAUAUUAAAUACGCUGGUAUUGCGCUUAUGGCCGCUUUUGUCAUGUUAAAGAGGGAGUAG